ACGUAAAUUUUAAAAUAAUUAUUGUAAUUAAAGAUUUGGAUAUUAUUGAUUAAAAUUAUUUUUAAAACAAUGAUUGAAAAAAUUUUUUUUAAACGUAUAUAUUUAAAAAAUAACAACAGGUAUUUAUUGCACAAACAAGUGCAAAAAUUUUAUAGCAAAAAAACUAUAAAUACUAAAAUUGUUAAUAUAAUGAAUGAAAGAGAUCCUUCUUUUUUGGGAAUUCAAACUGUAUUUACUAAUGAAUUAAAGUUUGUCAACAAAGAAUGCUAUGAUUCUUUACCAACAUUUAGAAUUUUAAACUCAUUACACAAACAUUUUCAAUUGCCAAAGGACCUUAAGCUAGAUGAACAAAUUUUGAUUAAAAUGUAUCAUAAAAUGACUACUCUGAAUAUAAUGGAUAAAAUACUUUAUGAAUCUCAACGACAAGGACGUAUAUCAUUUUAUAUGACUAAUACAGGAGAAGAAGGAAUUCAAAUUGGUUCUGCAGCUGCUCUUACAUUAGAAGAUGUUAUCUAUGCGCAAUAUCGAGAAGCUGGUGUUUUGUUAUGGCGAGGACAUUCUAUUAUAGAUUUUAUGAAUCAAUGCUAUGGUAAUCAUAAAGAUACCUCAAAGGGAAAACAAAUGCCUGUUCAUUAUGGAUCAAAAAAAUUAAACUUUGUUACUAUUUCAUCUCCUUUAACAACACAAUUACCUCAAGCCGUAGGUACAGCAUAUGCAUUCAAACGAUCUCAAAAAAAUGCAUGUAUAAUAUGUUACUUUGGUGAAGGAGCUGCUAGUGAAGGAGAUGCUCAUGCAGCUUUUAAUUUUGCUGCAACUUUAGAGUGUCCAAUAAUUUUUAUAUGUCGCAAUAAUGGUUAUGCAAUUUCAACUCCUACUCAGGAACAAUUUAAAGGAGAUGGAAUUGCAGCAAGAGGACCAGCAUAUGGAAUAUCAACGAUCCGUGUGGAUGGUAAUGAUGUUCUUGCUAUGUAUUAUGCGACAAAAACUGCUCGUGAACUCUGCAUUAAAAAUGGAAAACCUUACUUGAUUGAAGCUAUGACUUAUCGAAUUGGUCAUCACAGUACUUCUGAUGAUAGUACUGUAUAUCGAUCUACUGACGAAAUAAAUCAUUGGAAUCAUUAUACACCAAUACUACGAUAUCGUAAUUAUUUGGAAUCAAUUGGUUUGUGGAAUAAAGAACGAGAUAGGGAAUUAAACAAAUGUAUAAAAAAUUCCAUUUUACUUGCUUUUGCUGAAGCAGAAAAAGAACGUAAACCAUGUUGGAAAGAAUUAUUUACGGAUGUAUAUCAUACAAUGCCAAAUCAUAUAUGGAAACAAAUGGAUUCCAUGGAAAAGCAUGUUAAUGAAUUUCAGAAAUAUUAUCCAUUGCAUCUUUUCAAAUCAAAUAAUCAUAAUAAUGAAUAGUUUAAUAAACAAAUUUAACAAAAUAACAGAUCAAAUUAAUUAUAUUUAUAUAUUUAACAAUCUAUAUUAAUAUUAUAUAUUUUUUAUAUUAUUUAAUAAUAAAAAAUACAUACACACACUAUAAA